AUCUCAUUCAUUUUACUUUCGCACGCCUGACAGGCGCUGCGUGUCGUACUGUGAUGGCUUUUAACACUUUUGUAAAUUCAAUAUUUUUAUGAUAUUUAUGUCUUUAGUAACAAUAGUCCUGUAAUUUAAUUUAAAUCCAUAUUAAUGUGCUUACACAAAAUGGCGAACCAGACGCAGAAAAUGGUCUAUAAGCUAGUACUUACAGGAGGACCCUGUGGCGGCAAAACUACUGGACAGUCUCGUCUAUGUACGUUCUUCGAGAACUUGGGAUGGAAGGUGUUCCGGGUGCCGGAAACGGCUACCGUCCUCCUCAGUGGAGGGGUGAAGUUUGCAGAUCUCACGCCAGAUGAAGCUCGAAGUGUUACAGGCGAUGUAUGCCAGACGGCUUGCAAACUUUGCACCGCCGCGGCUGUGGCCCAGGCCACCCAGGGUAGCAGCGCGACAAAAUUCCAAGAAAACCUACUGAAGACCAUGAUUCAGAUCGAGAACACAUUCUUCGAGCUGGGCAGGACGUGUCAGAGGAAUUGUCUGAUCAUCUGCGAUAGGGGAGCUAUGGACGCGAGUGCAUUUAUAUCUAAGGAGAAGUGGGAGGCGAUGCUGAACGCCAACAGCUGGAACAGCGUGGAGCUGCGAGACAACCGGUACAACCACAUCGUGCACAUGGUCUCCGCUGCCAACGGGGCCGAAGACUUCUACUCCACUGAGGACCACGCGUGCCGGUCGGAGGGUGUGGAGCUGGCGCGCGAGCUGGACUACAACGCGGCCGCCGCCUGGAUCGGCCACCCCUACUUCGACGUCAUCGACAACUCCACAGACUUCGACAAGAAGAUGAACCGACUCAUCGCCUGCGUCUGCCAAAAGAUCGGCAUCGAGACCGGGGACCGGCUCAACGUCAACUCCAAGAAACGCAAGUUCCUCGUCAAGGGACCCCUCCCGCCGGACUCCGAGUUCCCCGCCUUCCAAGAUUUCGACGUGGUGCAUAACUACUUGCAGAGCGAUGUCCGCAAAGCCCAAGUCAGGCUUCGCAAGCGUGGACAGAAAGGCCACUGGUCGUAUAUUCACACGCUUCGGAAAUUCCAUCCCAGUAACGGUCAGUCCGUGGAGGUGCGGACGCAGCUCACGCACAGGGAUUACCUGAACAUGUUGCCGCAGCGCGACGACGCCCACUUCACUAUCUUCAAGAAACGCCGGUGUUUCAUCUUCAACAAUCAGUACUACCAGCUGGACAUCUACAGGCAGCCCACUCAUCCGAGGUGCCGAGGCCUAGUCCUUUUGGAGACGUACAGCGCGGCGUACGACCAGGACUCGCUGCUGGCGACGCUGCCGAAGUUCCUCACGAUCGAGCGCGAGGUGACCGGCGACCCCGCCUUCUCCAUGUACAAUCUCUCGCUGAAGGAAGACUGGAAGACCUCGAAAAGGUACUAUGCGGGUCAAAAAGAUGCGGGCACUGAGUGCCAUGGGCAGGCUAAGUGGUCGUUGAAUGGUCACGCUGACAAACACAAUGGGCAUGCGUGUAAAGUCAAUGGGCAUGGUGAAAAGUUGAACGGACAUGCGAAAGUCAACGGGUGUGGCGAGAAUGUGAACGGCCACCACGAGAACGGCGUCAACGGCCGCCAUGACACCCUCGACGGCCACUCCAUGGAUCUCCCGUCACCAAAGAUUCCUAAAAAGGUCGCUGUUAAGAUUUAAAUCGCCGUUAUGUACCUCUAUGUACUAGGUAAUUUUAGGACUAUAAUUUUGACUUUUUUCCACUACUCGAUGCUAAACUGUACUAAGGCGGAAACUUAAAAUAUUUGAUGAAACUGUAAUAUUGAACCAUGAUGUAUAAAACGUGUACUUAUUCGUUAUGAAUUUAUAAUUGUAUAAAUUGCCAAAUGAAACUAUUUUUUAUAGAAAAUAUGUAUCAAAUGAAAUACCCAAUGCACUUAAAGUGACUCAGGAUACUUAAGACAUAGCUUAACUGUUUCAUAUUGUUUGUGCCUUUACAACAAGUUGUAUAUUUGAAUAUAUUUCGUGUUUAUAUCAUCUAUAACAUGCAAAUGAAGUUUUAGUACUUAAUUAUUGCAAUAAUAUUAUGGGCUUAGUAUUGUUGUGGUUUAGAUUAUUGUGAAGUA